UCUCGCCUCCUCCUCAUUUCAGCCCUGCUGCUCGAGCUGGAAGGACGGUAUCAGAGUGUCUCCAGAAUCAGAAAAAGUCGUCCUCCUAUCAAAGCUUCAAGAUGCGACAGGUCCCAAUGGAGCCGUUGAUUGUGACUCUCCUGACAAUAAGCCUACAUGGCGCGGCAGCAGUGACUCACUCUCUGAAGUAUUUCUACACUGGAUCUACUGGAGUCCCAAACUUCCCAGAGUUUGUGGUUGUUGGGUUGGUUGAUGAAGUUCAGAUAGAUCACUAUGACAGUAACACCAGGAGAGCAGAACCUAAACAGGACUGGAUGAGCAAAGUCACAGAAGAGUAUCCUCAGUACUGGGAGAGGGAGACUGGCCAUCGUAUGGCGUCCCAGCAGUGGUUCAAAGCCAACAUUGAAGUUGUAAAGCAGCGCUUCAACCAAACUGGAGGUGUCCAUAUUUUCCAGAGGAUGUACGGCUGUGAAUGGAAUGAUGAGACUGACGAGGUUAAAGGUUAUGAUCAGUUUGGUUAUGAUGGAGAAGACUUCAUAUCAUUUGACCUGAAGACGGAGAAAUACAUCGCUUCAAAACAACAGGCUGUCAUCACCAAACACAAGUGGGAUAAUGACACAGCUUUGAUAGCAGUGUAUUUAAACUACCUCACCCAGAUUUGUCCUAAGUGGCUGAAGAAGUAUGUGAACUAUGGGAGGAGCUCUCUGCAGAGAACAGAGCUUCCCUCAGUGUCUCUCCUCCAGAAGACUCUCUCCUCUCCAGUCAGCUGCCACGCUACAGGUUUCUACCCUGACAGAGCCACACUGUUCUGGAGGAAAGAUGGAGAGGAGCUUCAUGAGGACGUGGACCUCGGAGAGAUCCUCCCCAACCACGAUGGAACCUUCCAGAUGAGUGUUGACCUGAACCUUUCAUCAGUCCCACCUGAAGACUGGACGAGGUACGACUGUGUGUUUCAGCUCUCUGGUGUGAAGCACGACCUCGUCACCAGACUGGACAAAGCAGUGAUCAGGACCAACAGAGAGCUUCCCUCAGUGUCUCUCCUCCAGAAGACUCCCUCCUCUCCAGUCAGCUGCCACGCUACAGGUUUCUACCCUGACAGAGCCACACUGUUCUGGAGGAAAGAUGGAGAGGAGCUUCAUGAGGACGUGGACCUCGGAGAGAUCCUCCCCAACCACGAUGGAACCUUCCAGAUGAGUGUUGACCUGAACCUUUCAUCAGUCCCACCUGAAGACUGGAGGAGGUACGACUGUGUGUUUCAGCUCUCUGGUGUGAAGGACGACCUCGUCACCAGACUGGACAAAGCAGUGAUCAGGACCAAUAGAGAGAAAGAGAAGCCCACUGACAUGACCGUCCCCAUCAUCGCUGCAGUGGUUGUUCUUGCUCUCGUCCUCAUCGCUGUGGUUGGAGUCGUCAUUUAUAAAAAGAAGAACGCCAAACGCCCUCCAUCUCCUGUAAACAACGCUGAGGUCUUGGAGGAACUGAAUCCAGGAUCCUAAAUGAUGAACACACCAGCCUGCACACAGUUUAUGGAUACAUUCUGCACUGGAUCAAGGAGCGGUGCCACAUUCUCCUCCGUCAACUGGGAAUUCAUUGGUUAUUCUUCAUUCAUAUCAUAAACUGGU